AACAUGAUCAUAAAAGCAAGAAACAAUUUUUAACAGGUGAAUCGCAUCUAUGAAUGCUUCAUAUCAUACAUACAUGCACUAAUGCUCCAUAAUCUGCAUUAUAUUUUUGUGGUCUAUGUUUUAAGAAGCUUUCCUACUGUUACUCCAAAUUGCCAACGGUGGGGUCACCUCAACCUUUUCUCACUCUAUAAAAGGCUGCCUCUCUUCAGGCUUGCAACCUCCUUCAAUCUAACAUCAAAUUAAUCUAUUUCACCUUCUCUUUCUGAGGCCAAUUUUCAAAAGAUUUUCACCCCGAUCAAGCCAUGCAGCCUAGUGACGUUACAGGACUCCAUUAUCUAGUGUCCUCAAACCCAUCCCCAUAUUCAGCUUACUUUAGCAUGACUCAAAGUAACACAUCCACAUUUCCAUUUAAUAGAUUCAAUAACCUUCAUAAUAUCCAAAUUUCUCCUCCAGUUCAAGAAUUCAGCCUACAAUCAUCAUGUCCAAGUAACAACUCAACUUCUGAUGAAGCGGAUGAGCAACAACUCUCCCUUAUCAAUGAGAGGAAACAGAGAAGGAUGAUAUCUAAUAGAGAGUCUGCUCGCCGAUCACGCAUGCGAAAGCAGAAACACUUAGAUGAGCUCUGGUCACAGGUAGUUUGGCUCCGAAAUGAGAAUCACCAGCUUAUAGAUAAGCUGAACCAUGUGUCUGAGUGUCAUGACCGAGUUGUUCAAGAAAAUACUCAACUAAAAGAAGAAGCCUCUGAAUUACGGCAAAUGCUUAGUGACAUGCAAUUGAAUAGCCCUUAUGAUACUUUGAGGGAAUUGGAGGACAUACCCUGUAAUACUGCUUAUCUCAGAGGAGAAUCCUCAAACCAGUCUAUCACAAGUUCUACAGAUAUGCUAGGCUAAGGUGAAAGCAACAUAUUUAUUAUUAUUUUUACCUUUUUCCCUAUUUUUGGUUCUGUUUGUUUUCAAUUCGAUCUUUCCUAGGCUCCUAGCCUCAGUUUUAAGUGUAUGAGAUUGAACAAGUGGAAUAAAAUAUUGAGGAUAUAAUUUAAAUCA